AUGACAGGUAGCAUAACAAUACCUGUGUUGCAGCUGUCCCUGUUGAAGACGGUAUUCCAUCUCGUGUUUGUCGAUGACGUCGCUCAGGCUAAUAGUAGCGAAAGUCAGUAAACAACGAGAUUAAACUUCAGGACUUGAGGUGAUGGGCUCACUGAUGCUGGUCUGGAUUCUGUCUACCGCAGUUAUUCUGAUGCCGGUGUUUCUUGAUGGAGCAAUAUCCAUACACUUUAAGACUGGACGAACUCUCCAUGUUGCUCUUGGGCAAAGUCUUGUUUUGGAGGCCGUAUUUGACAAAAAUCCAGACGACAAGAUAGACAUGGUGACUUGGGAUCGCCAAAGCAAAGGUGUAAACGUCAGACUAUCCGGGACUCAAGGAGGCCGAAUAUCUCUGGAGAAAGGAGAUGCGCUUCUGCGGAUCACUAAUGUUUCUGAGGAUGACUUUGGUGUCUAUAAGGUCACUGUUACUGACAGUAAUGGAUACCAGCAGUAUGACUCCAUAGAAGUCCAGAGGAUAGAGAAACCUCCGAGGGCGUUGACCAAACGGGUGCUGGAAUGUGUUUUGGAAAAACACGACAUGAUGCAGUGGGACACCCCCCAAUUCUCAUGGAUGAUUGAUGGCAUUACAGUAACCAAUGAAACCACCCUGAUAGCCAAUGGUAGUAGACUUGAUAUCUCAGAGGUCAAGGGUGUGAAUUACACCUGCAUCAUUAAGAGCAGUCUAGGAACGGUGACGACGCAUUAUGAAAUACCAAAAGAAUCAGAAUCUCAGCCCUGUUGUAAAGGAUUGGUUGCAGUUAUUAUAGUUGCCAUAGCAGCUGCAGUAGUGGUUGUGAUUGGGCUUAUUCUCUGGAGAAAAAAUCAAGAAUAUACUCCAACUCAAAGCCAGUGACAGAAGCUGAUUCCACAGAGACACAUACUGUACACUCCAAUAGUAGAUUUGAUUUUGUUAUUUUAUUGUUUUGUUUUCAUUGUGGUAAUAAUAUAUCAUAUAAAUAAUAAUACUAUAAUAUUAUAUAUAAUAUAUUAUACAUAAUAAUGUAGAAUGUAAAAAUAAAAUAUAUAGAAUUAUUAUUUAUUUUUAUUUUUUAAACAUGCAUUGCUUGUUUUUAUUUGUUUAUGAUUAUUAUUAUUAGUAGUAGUAGUAGUAGUAAUUAUCCGUUCCUAAUUUGACUCCGCAUCUGUAGCUCUGUUUCAAGGUUUAAACGUUCUCAGGAAAAAUAUCUGUUUACUCUUGGUUUUGUUUGGUUUUGUUUUGUUUUUCUGUGGUUUCAGUCAGCAGAAUUUCUAAGGUGCUAAGCUUUUGUUUAUGGUAAAUAGGCUGUACUGUUUAUUAUAUAUUAUAUAUAGGUUAUAUAGAUCUGUGUUUAAAAUUGUCUUGUUUGCAAAAAAAAAAAA